AAUGAAACUAAACUGACAAUCUACAAGCUGCAAGCUUUUAAACUCUUCAUCUAUUCAAGAAAGAAGAUAUUUGAGACUUUUAAAGUCGUACAUGAGCACAUCUGAUACUCGAUCACAGAUUUAAAGAGAAGACGGACAAUGGCAGAAUCUUCACCAACAUCACCAAAACCAAGACGGACCAGAAGAAGGAGUAUGAGUCCACCUCCAUUUCUGUCAUCCUCCAGUGUUUCUCUGUCUGAAGAGCUUCAGUGUUCAAUCUGUCUGGAUGUGUUCAAUGAUCCAGUCAGCACUCCAUGUGGACACAACUUCUGCAGGAUCUGUCUGAAACAGUGCUGGGACAACAGUCAGAUCUACAGCUGUCCAUACUGUAAAAAAACAUUCAGUAAAAGACCAGAACUCAAGAUCAACACAACACUUAGACACCUAACGCUAAUCUUUAAAGAACAGUUAAGUCUGAGAAGAUCUGAAGUCCCCUGUGACAUCUGUGAUGAAAGAAAAGCUUUGAAGUCCUGCCUGAUGUGUCAGACAUCUUACUGUGAAACUCAUCUGGAGCCUCACCGGAGAGUCCUAAACUUAAAGAAACACAAACUGCUGGAUCCUGUGGAGAAUAUAAAGGACUAUAUAUGUGAGAAACAUGAGAGACCUCUGGAGCUCUUCUGUAGAGAUGAUCAGACAUGUGUUUGUGUGUUUUGUACUGAUGGAGAUCACAAGAAUCACAACACUGUUCCUCUAGAGGAGGAGAGUAAAGAGAAGAAGACUCAACUGAUGAAGACACAGACAGACAUUCAGCAGAUGAUCCAGAAGAGAAUCAAGAAGAUUCAAGACAUCAAACACUCAGCAGAACUCAGAAAAAGAAGCAGAGAGCAGGAGAAAGCAGCGAGUGUUGAGCUCUUCAGUGAUCUGAUCAGAUCCAUUGAGAGAUAUCAGACUGAGCUGCUGGAGAUGAUGGAGAAGGAACAGAAAGCAGAACAGAAACAGGAUGAAGAUCUUAUUAAAGAUCUGGAGCAGGAGAUCACUGAGCUGAAGUGGAGAGACAGUGAACUGGAGAAGAUCACACACAGUGAAGAUCAUCUUCAUCUCAUACAGAUUGACUCAUCAUCACUGUACAGACCUCUAGACAUGAAGAACUGGUCUGAGAUCAGUAUGAAGACUCAUGUGAGUGUAGAGACUCUGAGGAGAGCUCUGACUCAACUACAGGAGACUCUCAAUGAGAAACUCACUCAAACUGUGUUGAUGAAGAUGCAGCAGUAUGCAGUGGAUGUGACUCUGGAUCCUGAUACAGCUCAUCCAAAUCUCAUCCUGUCUGAAGAUAGAAAACAAGUGAGAGAUGGAGACAUUAAACAUAAACUCCCAGAUAAUCCAGAGAGAUUUGAUUUGUGUGUCUGUGUCCUGGGAAAAGAGGGAUUCACCUCGGGGAGAUUUUAUUUUGAGGUUCAGGUGAAGGACAAAACUAACUGGUUUUUAGGAGUGGCCAGAGAAUCUAUUAACAGAAAGGGAUUGAUCCUAGAGACUCCUCAGAAUGGAUUCUGGACUGUGUGGUUGAGGAAUGAGAAUGAAUAUAAAGCUUGUGCUAGUCCUCCUGUCUCUCUGUGUCUGAAAGUGAAACCACAGAAGGUCGGGGUGUUUGUGGAUUAUGAGGAGGGUUUGGUUUGUUUUUAUGAUGUAGAGUCCAGGUCUCAUAUCUACUCUUAUACUGCUCAAACUUUCACUGAGAAACUCUUUCCUUACUUCAGUCCAUAUCUUAAUGAUAAAGGUAAAAAUUCAGCUCCUCUGAUCAUCUCACCUGUUCAUUACAACAAAUGAAUUAACAUCCAAAAUAUAAAAUACUAAAUAAAACUUAAAUAAGCUUUAUGAAUAUGAAUAAUAAAUAGUAAUUAUCUUUACACAUCUGUAAUAAUAAUUAAUUACACAUUCUUUUGUAAUGUGCAGAAUCAGAAUAAAGAGUUAAAAAUGACAUAAAAAGUAAUUUUGUUUGGUUAAUUUGUUAAGUGCAAUGGUGGUUGUUUUAUUUAAAUUAACUCUAAAUUUUAUGACAAAUUGUAAUUUCAAUUAUUAAAUCUGACAAACUUGCAAUGCAAAAACCAGUGAGCACUGAUGGUCCUUAAAGUUCAUGAAAUGCAACAGAGCUUUUAUAAAGACAAACAUUUGUUUUGGUUUUAAGAUGAAGGGACCAUAAUCUACUUAAACUUCAAUAUAAUAUUUCUCCAAAUAUAUGCACGGGUAUGUAAGAGAAUAAUGAAAGCAUUUUUCAUAAAAUAAUUGAACACAUGUUUAAAAAUGAAGUCAGAGAGAUGUUAAUUUUGUUGUUGAAAAAACAGCUGUGCAUUAUCACAACACA